ACAGUCGAGUGCGGAGGCAGCAAAGAGCGAUGUUGUUACAAUCGAUAUUUAUGAAUAUAUUGGCCAUUAUUUUGGUCUGCUGGCUGGGACACGUCACAUGCCAAUCAUCGGCUGACGAUCAGGAGCUUGAAAUCGGCAAAAAUGGGGAAGGACCACCGGAAAAGCAAGAAUUUCCCUGGGGCAAUGAUGACCAGCAUCUUGGAAAUAACUUUUAAUAUCAAAUAUU